AUGUCUUUAUACUGGCCUGAUUAUACACUUGGACAAUUCGAAAAUUUGAUGUCUCGCCUAUUUGAUGACUUUUUCAAAGACCUCAAUAUUGAAAGACAAUCUAAAAAUUCAGUUACACGAAGCAGUAGGGUUCCUCUUGAUAUUCAUGAAGGCGAAAAUGAAUUUACUGUAUGUGCCGAGUUACCAGGUGUCACCAAAGAACAAAUCAAUCUUGAUGUUCAUGAAAAUAUGUUAGUAAUUUCCGGUGAGACUAAAAAAGAUGAAAAACAUAAAGGAGGAAGUACACAUAUUCAAGAACGUCAUUAUGGAAGUUUUUCCC